AUGUCGAAUCAUCCGAAUGAACAAUAUGACAAGCUAGGUAGGUCUAAUGGUUCGAAGAAUUCGUUGAGAAGGAAACCUCCACCUAGUUUAGAUAUAACGCAUGAAAUGAAUACCAACCGUGUGAUACCGCUGGAAUCGACACAAUUCUUUUCUCCACAUUCUCCGGCGGUUUUGGAGGGCAAAAGCGCACGUCUGCCCAUAUGGAACAACCAUCAACAAAAGCUCAGCAUUGACACCGACAAUUAUGUAUACGACGAGGAAAGUCGUUUUGACGGAAGACAAAGCUUGAUUGGAGGAGGAAUUUAUGACGGCGAAUAUGGAGAAGAAUUUGCUGAUGAAUCAAUUAUGUCGUUUGAUAGCCCCAGACCUAUGGGACCCAAGACAUUGCCCGGGUUCGAAGGGUAUACAACCCCAAUGAAGCAACCGAGACAUGCACAAAGGCUGCAGAACAACCCAAACCCACCGUAUCCGACUAAUGACAUCCAAUUGGAGCUUGAUUUCUCCGAAGAUGACUAUAAUCACAGCCCAAACGAUAACUAUAAUUUUUUUUCGCCAGAGUUGACUCCCUCGAGAUUACAUUAUCCAUUUAAUGAACCGAAUUACCAUCAAACAACGCCAUCAAAGAACCAAACGACACCACCAAAUCACAGAACGUCAGAAAUCAUAUUGCAAUCUUUAAAUACUCCAACGAAAAUACCGUCGUUGAACGAGCCAAACACAUUAGGUAUACCAGUUAAAGGACACUCACCGAGACGGGCUGAUAGAAAUAAUAGUUAUUCAGAUAAUUCAGGCCGUUCCAGUUCAUCUUCACCAAAUUCACGCAACUCAAAAUUCUCUAUGAAGAUGAAUGGCAUUGGUGGGAUGGGCACGAGCCCACCUAGACAUUCAUCACCCACAAGAUCUCAUACCAUGGUUAUUCCUGAAAGAAAUUCACCAACGAAUGGAAACUAUAUGGAAAGAGUGUAUUCAGAAAGGCGAAGUAGUAGGUCUCCAUCCCCGAAAAAGAUUUAUGGAAGAUCACCUUCGCUAAUUUAUGACCAACAGCCAUUCAACGGUGAAACUUAUUAUGAUAGCACUAAUAGUCUUGACGAAUUAGAAGACAAAUUUGACAAUGUCCAUGUGAGACAAGCGAGAUGGAAUUCUUUUGAUACUGGAGAAACGAAAUCAGACAUCAGUGAUUACCAAUACUACGAUGACGAAGAUCCAUACAGUGACAUGCCCGAGACUACGACUACCAAUUACUUUGAUUAUUCUAUACUACCAGAUUUACCAUCUGCCAAUACAUCAGCUGAUGGACAGCCUUCAUCCCCGUCAAAAAGAAUGACAUUAAGCUCUACUAUAUCGUUUCUCAAAAGAGAUUCACAGCCAAAUUUACCUUCUCCAACUUCUACAACUAGACGAAGAAGGGAUGAUGAAUUACCACCAGUUCCAUUAGACUUGCCUCAAUUACCGUUUACAUCGUCAUCCUUAGCUAUGCAACACUUUAAUGCUUGCAAAAAUAUUUGGUCCUUGAGUGAUAUUUUCGAAUGGUGUUUGAAAUUGAAAACAUGGUUACAUGACCUGUUUAUACCUAAGAGGGAAUUCAAAAAAGCGUUAAUAAAGUUAUUAGUGUUUUAUAAGAGAGAUAUUCCUUUGGACAUAAUAGGCCAAAACGUGGACCAAAUAAUUGCCAGCUUUUUAGAGGUGAAAGCUAUCUCAUAUGCUUAUAAUAACAACAAUACAAAUAAUGACGAAAACUCAUUGCCUAAUCCUAAUGAUAAUGAAACCGAAAAAAAGAGAGACCGCAAAGAGGAACUUGGUGUCAUAAUGAAUAGUGCUGUUAAUGUCAACGGGGUAUUGCCAGACUUGACGAAUUGCUACUGUCAUGAUGAAGAUCAUAAGUCCAACUCAAAUACUAAUGACCAGUCACGAAAAUUGAAAUGUUAUUCUUCAGAAUGCCAUUUGAAUAGGGUAAUCGAUCACGAAAUCCAACUUCGAAAUACUAAUAUAAAUGAAAUUGUACUUGGUGAUGAUUGGGCAUCGCAUUGGAGAUUGACCGCUGAAGAUUUAAGAAAAUUCGACAAAACUGUCUCUAAACGACAAUCGUUGAUUUUCGAUUUAUUAAAGUAUGAACAAACGUUUAUCCAAAGAGCAAAGUGCUUUGUUAAUAUUGUUGGGCCUGAAUUUAUCAAAGCAGCUCAAAUAUUGGUAGGUUCUCAUGAAAUUAUUCUGAUUAAUAAGUUUGAGGAUGAUGUACUUAAACCUGGCAAAGAAUUGAUCCAAAUUCACGAAAAGAGCUUAUUUGAACCACUCCUACGUAUAUUGAUCUCAGAUGGAAGAUUUAUCAAAAUAUUAGUUGAUAUUGCAAAUAUUUACUACAAUUGGUCCAAAGUAGUUAAGAAUUCUUUAUUAAAGUACAUGAGUACAGUGCCAAUGAUUGAAGAUUUAUUGAAGAAUGAGAGCAUGAAAAGGUGGGUUGACGUAGAGGUUAGAAAUAUUGAAAGAGUGAAAGAAUUGAAAGUCAAUGGUUCAUUACUAUUCUUAAGUACUUUCAAUUCUCGUUACCAGCAACUACCGUUGCAACUUUUUGAUAUCAGGAAACUGUUUGAUUCUCAAGAACCGGAGUAUAUUUCACUCACUAAGGCUAUUGAUGGUAUUAAAAGAUUAGGUUCUAAAGUUAAUGAAAUGAAAGUACAUGCCGAUAACAUUCAUGCCUUAAAGAAAAUCCAUAAGCAAUUAAUUUGGAAGAAUAAUGUUAAUCACACCAAUGCUAACUUGGGGUCUGAAAAUAGAAGAUUUUUUCAUAGAGGUGACUUAACAAGAAAAGGGGAUUUGAAAAUCAACUCAUUCACGAAUCAUUUAAUUCUCUUGGAUAACUUCUUAUUUAUUACUGAAAGGGUUAAAAAUCCAAAAAUGAGCCUGUUUAGCUAUAAGGUUGUUGAAAACCCAAUUGCCGUCGAGUUGCUUUUGUUCGAAAUAAAGGAGAAGGAGUCGACCACGUCGACAUUGGAGUUGAAGCCUAUAACGAAGUCAUUGACAACCCUGUCUAAUCCAGCUUCACCUGUACAUCAAGAAUUUUUAGAUGGUGAAGUUGAACCUGCUUCUUACCCAUUUAAAUUAAGAUUUGCUGGGCGUGGAAAACAUAAUGCCUUCACAUUUUCAACUAAAACUGAAAGAGAAAGAAAAGACUGGAUCAACCAUUUCUCAAUGGCUAAGACUAACCUCUGUCGUAGGCUUAGGAAGACCGAACCAUAUAAACUUAAAACUGUUGCUAAUACUUGUUUUGCAUACGAAAUCAGUAAUAAGAUUUCUAAACUACAGGUAUGCGCACCGUACGAUCCAAUUGAAGAAGCAUCGACGGACGCUUUAAGUAAGUUGACUGAAUUAGGUUGCAAAGGUGAAAUUUAUGCUUUUAAUAAUGCAAGGAAGCAUAUCGUAUUUAGUAAGGCCCAAAGUAUCACGUCUUUUGAGUACAGUAACACGUCAUUUUACCUAGUAGGACUUGCAACUGGUGUUUACUGUUGUGACAUGCAAAAUAGAUGGAAAAAAGUUGUUGGUGGAACAGAUAUUACUAAGAUAAAGGUAAUAACGUCUAUAAAUUUGUUAAUUGUACUAGGCGGUCGACAUUUACGAUGCUAUUCCUUGGAUCUGGUCGUAGGUGUUUACUAUGAUAAGAAAGAACAUAUUAGCAGCAUAUCGUUAUCGAAUGAGCAUGUGUUAUUCUUCGCUGUUGGAAAGCAUAGAGAGAUUAACAUGUUAUUUUACGCGAAGAAGAAAAGUAACUCCUCAGGAACAACUAAUUUCAAGGUUUUGAUUCCGGAAACAGAUAAUGACGGUAUGUUUAGUGCAUUUAAGGUGAUCAAGAAAUUCUAUGUUCAGGCUGAGUGCUACGGCAUAUCGAUUUUUAAUACUUCAUUUGCAGUGCAUACCAAUAAGGGAUUCGAGGUUCUAGAGCUUGAUAAAUUACUACCUAGAUCCAUUCCUGAUUUCCCCCACAGUGAGUCUUCUGGAAAGAAAAUUGAUGGUUUCAGCAGAAGAUCAAUUACUGGGGGAACAUAUAUUCCAGGCAUAGAAUUGGUCAAAAAAGCUGUACAUUCCACGAGCAUCAAGCCAAUGGGAAUGUUCAAGUUGAACAACAAUACAGAAUUCUUACUAGUUUAUAACGACUGUGCUAUUUUUACUAACAAGCACGGCAAAUUAUCACGGUAUUCCAUGCUCAAAUUUGAGUUUAAGGCAAAGACGAUCGCGUUCAUUAAUAAUCACCUAUUCUUAGUCUGUGACGAAGUAAUGGAAAUAUGGUCUAUCAGUGACUUUGUGAACGGUUCUAAUAGGCUAAUCCAAGUUGUAACAGGUAAAGAUAUGAAUAUGCUUAGUAAUGAGGAUACUAUCUGUUUUUCUAUGGCCAAUCCAAAGGUUCCUGGCUUGCAAUUGCUAUUCGAAUUGCAGCCUAAAGAAGUUCUUAUAUAA